GCCAUGGAGCCGGGAGCGCGGCGGGGACCCGAGACCCCCCGAGGGGUGGCUCUGACAGGCCACGUGCCUCCCCCGUACCCCGGAGAGAGGCCGCUGCGCGCGGCCAGCGUCCCCAGCGAAGGGCCUGUGCCCGAGGUAGCCGACGAGAAGCCGUUCUGCGACGGGGAGACGCUCGUGGCCGCGGCUGCGACAGCCGGCGAGGCCCUACCGGCUCCAAGCAACAGAGCUGGAGCGGUGCCACCCGCAGAGGUCGGGAAGGAGCCCCGUGGGCUCGAGCUGCCACCCUGCCGUGGAACGGCAGGGCCCUGCGUUGGAGAGCCGCCCCCGAGCCUGGCGCAGACGCUGCCCGUCCCAGUGCGGACACCCGCGGAGCAGCCGAGCCAGCCCACGCCCCGGGGAAGCUGCUUGGUCCGCAACUGGCAGGAGGAGAGAGCCACGAAUGACCUGGACCACGUGCCCAGGCCGGAGCUGGGCAGCGAGGGGUUCUUCUACCGGCACGGCCACCGCGGGCUGCUCACCCACCAGCUCCUCUCCCAGCUGGCUGACAGCACCACCAUGAAGGACGCCUACCGCCAGCCCUGGAGGACGGCACUCCCAGCACGAGGGCAGCGGGAAGCCAUGCUGGAGUUCAUGCUGUACCAGAAAUACAGGAAGGAAAUGCUGGAGGAGAUCUGUCCACCCCCUGGUCCCAUGGAGUCGGUCUCCACCACGCACCGGGACUACUGCGCAGAGGGCUUCCAGCCCACACCGCUGCCCCCCACCCAGCCCCAUGACUGCUACACGGAGCAGCCCCGCAGCUACUGGCUGGAGCAAGCCCACAGCGUGCCCGGUGUCACCAGCAUCCACGCCACGAACGCUCCCUUUCGGAGGAACGCGGCCUUCUCUACCCCCAUCAUGGAGUACCUGGGCCAGCCCCUGCCCUGACACCCGCGAGAGCGGUCCCAGCCUCUGGCCUGGCCGAGCAAUAAAGCGCAGGAGGUAGCGGCUG